AUGGUGGAACAUAGUAUACAGAGAGUUGUAAAUGGUGAUCUAAUUACACUUGUAAAGCGUGAUGAAGAUGGUUACUUCCAACUAGAUAGUUUCAUUGAACCCUUAAUUACACAUGAGUAUGGUGUUGGUAAUCGGCCAGAGCACUUUGAUCAUUAUCAAGAGGAUGCUCUCCUCGGAAAAUACGGUAUUUUAGUUGAUACGGAUGAGAAUUCUGUAAAGUGGAUUACGAAUAGCAAAGCUAAGCAACUAAUUGAUGUACUUGGAUGGGGCGCCGAGUUCAGUGAGAUAGAAUUAAAUGCUUCGAAAAACGGUGCUAAUGGUGUUAAAGGGGACUUAGACGGUAGUUUGACUGAUAGGAGCGACCGGGGCAAUGCAGGCAGUGCCACGGAAGGUGGAGCUGCUAAGGAAAGGAGUGCAGCGGAUUCUAAUGUGCAUCUGACGCAGGGCGAGGAUAAUGAGCGUGUUGCCAAGCGAAGGAUCCAGGAGGGUCAACAGGGACCUAUGGAAGAUGGAAGAGUCGGUGGGGGUGAUAGCUUGAGUGCUGAUGCGUCGCCGAUGAAGAAGAUGAAGCCGGUGGCGGAUUUGCGAUUGUUUUCGCACGAUCUUGGUGAUUUCUGUGAUGAAGAGCUGCAAUUGGUGAAGGCGCCAGCACCAUUCCAAGAUUUCACUCCGGACGAGAGGCUCAAACUUGAAGCUUUAUUGCAGCGGAUAUUGUUUCCAGAUGGAAGCGGGCAGCCGCAAUUUGAAGAGGCAUUGGAAGAGGUUGAGAGGACAUAUGCAGACGUUGAAUUAAAAUGGGAUAUUCCGAUUGACGAGCAUGGUAAUACGGCGUUGCAUUGGUUGUGUUCUAUUGCCAGUGUUUCUAUAGUGCAGCGUCUUGUUGAGCGCGGGACAAACCGGCGUCUAGGUGAUAAAAUGGGGGAGACUGCUUUGGUAAAGUCCGUGAAAUCGGUUAACAAUUACGAUUCUGGGACUUUUGAAGAAUUACUUGAUUACCUAUAUCCCUGUAUGGUAGAAAUUGACGAAUCCUAUCGAACAGUAUUACAUCAUAUCGUUCUAACAUCUGGUAUGCAAGGUUGUUCCGCUGCUGCGAAGUAUUACCUAGAUAUUCUUAUGGGCUGGAUUGUCAAAAAACAUUCACGGAAUUUUACUGUUGAAUCAGAAGGAACCAAGGUAGAUACGAUAAUCAAGAAUUUAGAUCUAAAGUGGUUUAUCGCCAAUGUCCUUAAUGCUAGGGACCUGAAUGGGGACACUUGCCUGAACAUUGCCUCCAGACUAGGAAACAUAUCUAUUGUCGAAGCGCUUUUAGACUAUGGUGCCGACCCUUAUAUUGCAAACAAUUCUGGUCUCAGACCUGUUGAUUUCGGUGCUGGGGUUUCUAUGCUCUCCUUUAAUAACGAGAUGCCUACCAAGGGUACUCACAACUAUACAGAAGAUGGGAACUCUAUAGAGCAGUUGACAAAAAGGAAAGUGUUCCCUCCUCCUGAUUCAAGUACGCUGUUGACGCGAAUGAAGACGUUAGUAUCGUCCAUUUCCAACGAGUACGAGAUAGAACUGCACGAGCACGAGGAGAAACUUCGCGGUCUCCAAAUACAGUUGAAUAACAAGCGUGAGGAGUUGGCUGCUUCCCGGGAUCGCCUUGCUAAAGCUCGUCAAUUAAAGGAUGAAAACGAGGUACUAGCUGAGCGGUUGGUAAAUAUAGAAACCAGUAUAAAGGAAGAAGAAGCGAAGUUUGCACAGCGAACCCAGGAGCUCGGGAUUGAUCCGGCCGAUUAUAAGGAUAUGGAAGAAUUCGAUGCAGACGAACCUUUCCGCAUAGACUUCAUCUAUGCAGAACUAGAAACCAAACUAAACGAAGACUUUCAUGGAGAUUUGGACUCUAUGAAUAGGAGCACAGAUUUGGAUAAAUUUGUUGAAGAACUCCUACGUCGCCACGGUUCUAGAGAUCAAAAUGCGAAUGAUCUCUUACCGUCCGCUGCUGUGCUCCAGUCACGAAUUGGAGCAUACAGACGAAAUGAGAAACAGUUAGAGGAACAUUUAAGCACUAUAGAAGAGAAACAUAAGAAGUUGGAAAAUAAAUUUCGGAAAGUUCUAUCUUUAUGUUUGAAAGUAGAAGAGGAUAAAGUGGAUGGCAUGUUAGAUGGUUUACUACAAGCCAUCACAUACGAAGACCCCGAGGAAAUUGAUAUUGAUGAAAUGCAGGACUUUUUAAAAAAGCACGGUUGA